AUGGACACGCUGCUCUACAAGGCUAGCGGAAAAUCACAGGAAUUGGUACAAGAAGCAAUCCAAAAGGCAGGAGGAGCGAAGAAGAAGCUCGAAGAGCUCAUCCCCUCCUGCCUGAUGGGGUACAAAGAUGUCUUCGAAAAGAAAGUGGCAGAACGGUUCCCGAGCUCACGGGCAUGGGACCAUGCUAUCGAUUUAAAACCAGAAUUUGUACCAAAGGACUGCAAGAUCUACCCCCUAUCCCCUAAAGAGCAGACGGCACUCGAUGAAUUCCUAGAUGAGAAUACACGAAAAGGAUAUAUUCAACCAUUGAUAUCGCCAAUGGCAUCCCCUUUCUUCUUCGUAGGAAAGAAGGAUGGGAGCCUUAGGCCUUGCCAAGAUUAUUGA